GCCGCCCCGCUCCCGCAUCCGCUCCCGCAGCUCCGCUCCGCCAUGUCCGCCGAACCGGCCCCGGCUGCCGCCGCCCCCGAGCCGGCCCCCGGCCCCGAGCCGCCCGCGGCCGCCGAUGAAGCGGCCGAGCACCGGGCGCUGGUGCUGACGGGCUUCGGCGGCUACGAGAAGCUGAAGGUGCAGUCGCGGCGCAGCAGCGGCCCGGGGCCGGGUGAGGUCUCGGUGCGCGUCCACGCCUGCGGCCUCAACUUCGCGGACCUGCUGGCGAGGCAGGGGCUGUACGACCGCCUGCCGCCGCCGCCCGUCUGCCCCGGCAUGGAGUGCGCCGGCGUCGUCCGCGCCCUCGGAGACGGCGUCCACGACCGGCAGGUUGGUGAUAAGGUGAUGGUCCUGGCGAAGUCGGGGCUCUGGCAAGAGGUGGUGAACGUUCCAGCCCGUCAGACUUUCCUGAUGCCUGCGGGAAUGAGCUUCGAGGAAGCGGCUGCGCUUCCUGUCAACUACAUCACUGCCUACAUGAUCCUGUUCGACUUUGGAAACCUGAGACCCAACCAAAGUGUCCUCAUCCACAUGGCUGCAGGUGGUGUGGGAACUGCUGCCGUCCAGCUCUGCAAGACUGUCGAAAACGUCACCAUUUUUGGCACAGCGUCCGCCUCCAAGCACGACGCGCUCCGGAGCAGCGGGGUCGCUCACCCCAUUGACUACAGAACGAUGGAUUACGCAGAGGAGGUCCGGAAGAUCUCUCCCAAAGGUGUUGACAUUGUCCUGGACCCACUGGGAGGAUCUGACACAUCCAAAGCAUUUAACCUCUUGAAGCCGAUGGGCAAACUCAUCACUUAUGGGGUAGCAAACCUGCUCACUGGGCAGAAGAAGAGCCUCGUGGCUAUGGCUAAAACCUGGUGGAACCAGUUCAGCAUCAAUGCCUUGCAGCUCCUACAUCAUAACAAGGCUGUGUGUGGCUAUGACCUUGGCUCUAUGGAUGAAGAAUUUGAGCUCAUUGGACGUGUUCUAUCCAAGCUGGAUAACCUUUACAGUCAAGGCAAAAUCAAGCCCAAAAUAGACUCUGUAUGGCCUUUUGAUCAGGUGGCAGAUGCCAUGAGGCAGAUGCAAGAGAAGAAGAAUGUUGGAAAGGUCAUCCUGGUUCCUGAAGCACCCAAGGAAGAGUCCAAAAAAGAAGAGAACUAAGGAGAAGAGAUGGGUGCAGAUUGUGAAUUCGUGGGUUAACUCCUUGAUCUCUUUGGGACCUGGAAAUGGACAGAUCAGUAGCUUCCAUCUUCACCAGAACAUCGUGGUUAACGUUCAGCUGAGGUUUGCAUGCUUUCAUUGUGACCGACCCCUUGCCCUCGCUGUCUGGUUUGAAGCCUGCUUCUUUCAUACACUUUACUCAUCCCUUGUUUCCCUACUGAGUUUCCAAACUAACUUCCUCUUUCCCUGGCAGUGCAGGUGAGGCUUCCAGCAGUGGUGGUUAACAACUGCACAGCCCAUUGCUGUAGAGUCAAGGUGUUAAAUGCUGUAGGAGCUGCCAGGGGUCUCCACAGAACCUGGUCCUGCUGCAUCACUGCGCUCUCAGCUGGGGCCAGGCUUGGGAAGUUCCCUCCACAGCCAGAGCAAAAGCAGAGCUGGCCCAGUUUCAUUCUAGCACUGGUUGCUCUUCUCUUUACACUAACCACCCUCUUCCCUCUGCUUUCCUAGGCCUCUAACACCAGUCAGUUCAUAACAGGCCGUGUUGCCUUUGCCUUCUAAAUGACCAUCCUGGAGUCUAGGGCAUCUUGCACUUCAUUUGCAGUCCCUUCUCUGCGCAGUCAGCAGAUAACCUGACAGGCUGGUCUGUGUCUGAGUGCAGAAGAAAAGGUCCAAUUGGGUAACUUGAUCUUGUCCAUUUUCUGCUUCCAAACUGCAUAGGGAGAUCUAAAUUGUGUCUGAUUUUUAGAGACCGUAAGGACUCAACUGUGUCUCAAAUGACUGGAACAAUUGAUGUUGGCUCUGUGCUUUAUUAAUGUUGGGCUCCAAGCUGGUAUUGUUAAGGCUAAAGUUCACCCUCGUGUUUGUGUUUCCAAGGGCUGCAGUGUUGAACCAGACUUUAGCAGGAUGGGAACAGAACAAGCCCGUUAAUGCU